CCUUGGGCUAAACAGUGAAACUACCAAACUGCAAAUCUCGCCUUUGUCGUGAAAAAUCCGACAUUACUGGCAAUUUACGAGAAUAUUUUACAAAUAUUCUUAUAAGGAUCUUUUUGAAUCGCCGAAAUGGUGUUGCCCAAGUCAAGAAAUAACGUUGGACUAGGAAGAGCUAUCCAAGCGGACUUUACAAAGGCUCGUAAAAACCGGAAAGGAGGAUUGAAACAUACCACGGAAUUUGAUCCCAGAGCCAAAAAGCCGGCCUUGCGAUCUGUAACUCAGGAGAGUAAUCUCGAUGAAUUCCUAAGCACGGCAGAAUUGGGUGGUGUUGAUUUUGUUGCUGAAAAACAAAAUGUGAAGGUAAUCCAAAACCCCGAACAAAACCCUUUUUUGCCAACUGUAGAAGAGGCAAAGCAAUCAAAAGCACGCCAAGAGCAAAACAAGGAUCGACUUACUAUUCCUCGUCGUCCUCAUUGGAACGAAUCCACUACACCCGAGGAACUUGACAGAAUGGAAAAAGAGGCGUUUUUAGAAUGGCGACGUAGUCUGGCUCAAUUGCAAGAGGUAGAGGGAUUUGUCGUAACGCCUUUCGAACGUAAUCUUCAGAUAUGGAGACAACUAUGGCGUGUCAUCGAACGAUCCGAUGUGGUCGUUCAAAUUGUGGAUGCCAGGCAUCCUUUGUUUUUCCGUUCCGCAAAUUUAGAACAUUACGUUCAGGGAGUGGACCCCAAGAAAAAGAACUUUUUGUUGGUAAACAAGGCUGACAUGCUCACUACCGAACAAAGAAAAUGGUGGGCCGCUUACUUUAAUCAACACAACAUCUCCUAUCUGUUUUUCUCUGCCCGUUUGGCUGCCGAAUCAAACAUGGAGGAAGCUGAAGAUGCUACUGGUGUUCCUGAAAGCCUGAAAGCCUCUGAAACCCAUACGGAGGAUCACCGCAUCGCUACAUUAGACACCUUAUUAGGAAUCUUUGAAACCUAUGCCAACAAUCUUGCAAAAGAUAAGAGAAAAUUGACUUUUGGACUUGUGGGUUAUCCCAACGUCGGUAAAUCGUCUACCAUUAACGCCUUAGUUGGUCAUAAAACAGUCUCGGUUUCUUCAACUCCCGGUAAAACGAAGCACUUUCAAACUAUCAAUUUGACAGACAAGGUAACCUUGUUGGAUUGUCCCGGUUUGGUUUUUCCCUCUUUUGCAACUACCCAAGCAGACUUGGUUUUGGAUGGUGUCUUGCCUAUCGACCAAAUGCGUGAGCAUACCGGGCCUUCUGCCAUGUUGGCUCAAAGAAUUCCUAAAGAAGUGCUUGAAAACAUCUACACUAUUAGGAUCCGUACUCGUCCUAAAGAAGAGGGUGGAUCAGGUGUUCCCUCAGCCGAAGAAGUCUUGUUCCCAUAUGCCCGAGCCCGUGGUUAUAUGAGGUCGAAUCACGGUACUCCUGAUGACUCGAGAGCUUCAAGAAUUUUGUUAAAGGAUUACGUGAAUGGUAAAUUAAUCUAUGUCCAUCCUCCACCUAAUUAUCCUGACUCGGACAUGGAAUUCAAUAAAGAGCAUCAUAUCAAUUAUCUUUCUUCAGCGGCUGAAGAUAUUGGCAGGAAACUUCAAAACAUAACUAUGAAAGAUAAGUUGGCUCUCCGUGAAAGCGAGGAGAUUGACAAAGAAUACUUUUCAGAAAAUCCUCACGUCCGCUCCUUUGUUCGUGGAACUGCUGCAGCCGAUAUUCAGGGUAUCGAAUAUAAAGGAAGAAAUAUGACUCAAUCGUUUCAGCGUCGUUUAAAUGAUGAUGGUACUCCAAAAUAUCCAAUGAACGCCCAAGGAAAGCCAUUGUCACGUCGCAAAGCUCGUCAAAUUAGUACUCAGGAAGUAGGUGUAUCUCCCGAUGCUGUUCUGGCUGCUUCUUCCAAGAAACAUAACAAGAAAAACAAGCGUACAAAGCAGCGCAGCGGUAGAGUACUGGAUGACUUCUAAACAAUUUUGGAUUUAGCUUUUUAUUUUCUUUUGGGGUUUUUUUGGCAUGUCUGUUUAAUGAUAUUAUUGGGUAAAUAAGGGAUUCUUUCAAGGUUCUACACGGUGUUCCUGAGCAUGUUGUAUAUAAUGUAGAGAU